AUGUCCCGGCAGCGCACUGAGCGAUCUAUUGCGGCUACGCGGCAUUCACAAGAUAGUGAUCAUCUUGAUGACUCACAAUUCGAAUCUACGAUUGACACUGAUACGCACGAGAAAUCGACGUUAUGCUGUGUCAGGUGUUUUCAGUUGAUUUCGGAAACGCCACUUGAAGACAGGACCGACUUAUCUGAGCCCACGUUGCUGUGCACAUCUUGCUUUCAGCAUUUGUCGGGCAAAACUCACAAUUUCACUGCCGUUCACAGUAGUGGAAGUCGAGCGCUAUCACCGCUACCAAAGUUGAGUCUCCUUGUAAAAGCUGAAGCAAAGUGUCAAGAUCAACUACAGCUUUUACAAAGUCAACAACAAGUCUUGCAGCAGCAGAGACAGAGUCUUUUGGCGACAAAACAAGCCAAGGAAGAGGCACUUGCUGUUGAGCGAAAGCUUGCUCGACGGCGGCGGAAACACUUUUUGAUCAUCCAAGAGUGCCGCAAGCGAGAAGAGGAGCUUAAGCUUCAGCAAUAUUUGGAUGGAGGGAAAACGAGUUGCUCGAAACAGGAUGGGGCUUACGUUAAGAAAAAGCUGAAGCCACGAAGGCGAAAGUCUGAACCUACCGCUGAAUUGAGUGUCCAAAUCUCGAAAACAGUGAGUAAGCACGAUGAAACAGUACAUAGUAUUGCAAGCAAAGACAGAUCUAGCUCUCAUCCAACAAACUCAUUAGAACGACGAAAACAGGUAUUGGCUUGUUACGCGCAGGAUCUUUCACCACUUGUCGAAGGUCAUAAGCCUAGACGUCUUUUACUUUCCAAUCCUGUUACUGCUGCUGGCUCGAGUGUCAAUACGACAAAGUCAAGAAAAGUGAACUUGAAUUCUGAACAACUUGCAGUUACGGCAAUCACUACACAAACGAAGAAUAAGCUUAAAUGUCAGACCAUUGAACGAAAAUUGUCCAAGCUUCGAUCACUGAAGAUAGGAAAACAAAUAGGCAAGUUUAACCCUCAGCAUUACAAGAAAAACAACCAGUUUGAUGAAGUUAAUCGGCGAGAGAUGAGUAAAGCACUUUGCAAGGUCAAGAUUGCGUCACCGCAAACCUCGUAUCAUUUUGUUGACCGGUCGACUUCGUUGACAGCUGAAAUCAAACCUGUGUCAUGGGCGAGCGGGCUCUUACCACAACUCGAUUUAAAAAGCGAGGAGAAAUGCGUAGACUUUUCAAGACCUUUGCAAGCAGUAGCAGUACAACAUGACAACAAUCAACAAAUCACCAUCGCCCCCUCGAACCGUCAGCUAUCUGAUGCUUUUCUCCCUGCAACCAAGCGAGAGUCUCUGGCUUAUACAACUUUAAAUUUUCCGCGUUGGGAAUAUUCGACUGAGCGGCUUUCAAGUCUGUUAAAAAAGUACAAUGUCCCAGUGCCGACUGCAACAACUACGGCUGACACGUGA